AUGUCUAAUAUUACAGAGUCAAAAGUUGCUCGUGUUGGUAGAGAAAACCAAGUAUACUCUGAAAAGACUGGUGCUAGAAUUGUUGCUGGAUGCGUAUGCUUGACUGCCGAUCAUAGCAAAGUGUUAAUGAUCAACUCGUCCGCAGAUAGAAAUAAAUGGAUUAUACCUAAAGGUGGUGUGGAGAAUGAUGAAGUCGUUACAAACGCUGAUGGAACGAUAGAUUACAGUAAGACUGCAAUUAGAGAGACUUGGGAAGAAAGUGGAUGUGUGGGAGAAAUUGUUGAUAAAUUAGGGUUCGUAGAGGAUAUGCGUCCACCAAAGGAAUGGAAUAAUAAUUUUAAAGAUGAAAUACAUAAAGAUAAUAUAAUUGUUCAUCCACCUAGAUCAGAAUUUCAUAUUUUCGAAAUGCAAAUAGUUAAAUUAAAGGAAGAAUUUCCUGAAUCUCAAAAGAGAAAUCGAAAGUUAGCCAGUUUUGAGGAAGCUAAACAAGAUCUUAUCAAUUCAAAGAGACCAGAAUUACUCGAAGCUCUUAAAAGGUCAAGUAUUUUAAAGGAGUAA